AUGGCCGACUCUCUAGACGACCCUCAUGUUACUCUUAUUGAGCUAACACAAGAUGAACUAAAAACAAAGAAAAUAGGUUCUCAUCAUCUACAGGCUGCGGUCGAGGCACUCCAUCGCGACGGCAUAGUGGCACUUAAGAACGCAGUUGACAUGUCUCACCUUGACAAGCUAAAUGCGCGAAUGGUUCCCGAGGCCGAAAGGCUAUACGCUCAACCAGCAACGCAUCGCAACUUUGGAAGGAACACGGGGAAUAUCCAACAAGAGCCUGUAUUGGAAGAAGGCUACAUCUUUGACGACAUCAUCGCGAACCCAUGGGCAACCGACAUAAUCCAGUGCAUGCUCGGACCAAGGACAACAGUUCGAUUCUAUAGCGCGAAUACUGCGUUCAAAGCUACCGAUCGCCAGCCUCCCCAUAUUGACGUGACCUUUGAUAUUCCAAGAAUACCAUUUGGCUACUGCGUCAACAUCAACCUCGUCGACACAACGCCGGAGAACGGGUCCACGGAAGUAUGGCUAGGUUCGCACACCCAAACUGACAAGAGUGUCCUUGACUUUUCCGGGGUUCAUUACCAAAUUCGCAAAGACCUUCAGGAUGAACGGCGCGAAAUUAGUCCACCGAUUCAGCCGAAUUUGCCGAAAGGUUCGCUCAUCAUAAGGGACUUUAGGCUUUGGCACGCUGGGAGACCGAAUAAGACGGACGAUCCGCGGGUGAUGCUCGUUUCAGUGCAGUUUCCUCAUUGGUAUAGAAGUAAUCUGAAGAUGAGGUUGCCAGUUAGUGUCAAGGAUAAGAUUGACUGGGCUGAUGCGGUGCCAUGUGUUGAGUGGAUGCCAGAGGGGUAUGAUUACUUGCAAGGCGCGCAUGAUCAUGAUUUUAUUUUGCUACCAUGA